UCAUAGUCUUUCUGCGUUGCAUCUGUCGGAGGCGAUGUUGUACUAAGUCAAAGAAGAUGUCCCUCAAGGGUGAGUCCUGUCUUUGGGGUUUGAAAGCUUCCACAUGGUUCACUCCCCUCUUCUCUCCACACUAACCCUUCUACAUCUCCCAUGACAGCGAGGCUAUUGAGCACGCUCUCUCCACAGAGACAACAAUGAUUGAGCCAGUGAUGGCACCUAUUGAAGAGAAGACUGAUGAUCUGGAAAAAUAUUUGCUCGACAUUGAGGGAAGUGACGACUCUCCUACACUGAAGGAAAAUGCCUUCUUUGAUCAAUCUUGGCUGAAGUGUUUUGGAGAUUACGUCACACGAUGUCACUCCAGUGACAACAGAGACUUCAAACAUCAGUUUACAGUGAUGCAAGACUGUGGUGCAGGCUUUUCCACGAUUGCUGGAUCUAACACGAGUCUGCAAAAGCUCAACAGAUAUAAAAAUAUCAUGCCAUAUGAUGAUAACAGGGUCUUUACUCAUGGCAGUUGAAGGACACACUGAGUACAAAGGAGACUACAUUAAUGCCAGUUACAUUGAUGGAUACAACUUUGAGCACAAGUUCAUAGCCACGCAAGGACCACUGCCUAACACAACUGUUGACUUCUGGAGGAUGGUGUGGCAGGAGAGGUCUCAGAGCAUUGUGAUGGUCACCAAUCUGGUGGAGGGAAAUAGGAUCAAGUGUCACAAGUACUGGCCGGAGACUGGGAUGCUGUCCUUUGGUCCCUUCAAUGUCACCAUCACAGGACAACAGAUACUGGCUGACUACACCACUCGGGAGUUUAGUGUCCAGCUGGCAGAGAGCUCAGAACCAGCUCUGAGUGUGACUCAGUUCCACUUCACAGCCUGGCCUGACCAUGGAGUGCCUGACUAUGCCACUUCACUUCUGGCCUUCCACAAAAAAGUGAAGAAACAUCACAAGGGAGGAAUGGGUCCAAUUAUUGUCCAUUGCAGUGCUGGUGUUGGGAGGACAGGGACUCUGAUAACUAUUGACUGUGUUCUUGAGCAGCUGAAAGAAGAGGAGAAGGUGGUGGAUAUAGCUGGUGUCAUCAUCCACCUCCGCACACAGAGAAUGAAAAUGGUCCAGAGCUUGGAACAAUAUAUCUUCAUCCAUGAUGCUAUCCUUGAGGUCCUGACAUGCGGUGAUACCCAAAUCGAUGCCUGUAACCUCCGCAGAGUUACUCAGAAAAUGACUGAAUGUGACACACAAACCAAUCUCAACGAUUUUGAAAAGCAGUUCGAGGUACUUGAGAAGGUUUCUGUAAAGCCAGGAGAGAUUGCAAGGAGCGAGGCUCUUCGUAAUCCCACCAAGAAUCGGAGUGAUGACUACCUCCCUGGUGAUGCCUGGCGUGUGGCACUGAGAGGACAUCUCCAGACUUAUAUCCACGCCGUUUUUGUUAAUGGUUACAAGCAACAGAGAGCAUUCAUCAUAGCUCAGAGUCCCAUGGAGUCCACAGCCAGAGAUUUCUGGAAGAUGGUCCAUGACAGGAAGUGUGGAGUCAUUGUUAUGCUCUGUGACUUGGUGGAAGACGAACAGGAGACGUGUUACCAGUAUUGGCCUCAGACUGGACUGAUUCAGUUUGUGGGCUACACAGUUGAUCUGAUGGAGGAAAAGGUCAUGGAGGGAUUCGUCAUGCGCAAAUUAAGCGUCUACAGUGAGAAGGAAGGCAGUGCCCACCAGGUGGUUCAGUUGCACAUGACUAACUGGAGUCCUGAUGGCAGCUGCUCUCACCUGGCCACUAUCACCAGUGUGAUAAAUGAGAUGUCUGCCAUUCAGAGGAGAACUGGCAACAAUCCUGUUGUAGUACACUGCAGUGACACAGUGGGUAGGUCAGGGAUGUUCUGUGCCAUAGUCACCACCAUUGAGAGGUGUAAGACAGAGGGAGUGGUGGAUGUGUUCCAGGUGGUCAAGGCUCUCAGGGUACACAAACCUGGAGCUGUCCUCACUGUGACCCAGUAUCACUUGUUGUUUGAAGCGAUUUUGGCCUAUUUGGAUUCAUUUGACACUUACUGCAAUUUCCUAGACAUGUAGUCUCAGACAUUACCUCCCACUGAACAGAUUGUACAUUAAGCUUGUAGAAAUAAUCAACACUAUUAUCACCUUUUGUACAGUGACUCUAGUGUACGCAUUGUCACUAGGGUGUUUCU